AUGGCCACGGCUCUGCUGCGGCUGCAAGGCCCCUCGCGGGCAGUGGGCUCGCGGUUCAUUCGCCAGUUUCACGUCUCCGCUCGCCGCGCUUUCCACUCGUCGCGUCCCACUCUCGCUGUCGCUCGCGCCGCGAUCGCCCGCAAGAUUUCCGCGAAGGUCCUCCCGAAAAUCCCUCGGCCCGACGUCCACAAGGUCCUCAUCGUCGGCAGCGGUGGCCUCAGCAUCGGCCAGGCUGGCGAAUUCGACUACUCCGGCUCCCAGGCUCUCAAGGCUCUUCGUGAGGAGGGCGUCGACGCCGUCCUCAUCAACCCCAACAUCGCGACAUGGCAGACCUCCCACCAGCUCGCUUCUGAAGUCUACUUCCUCCCCAUCACCGCGGACUACGUCGCAUAUGUUCUGGAGAAGGAGCGUCCGGACGGCAUUCUUCUCACUUUCGGUGGACAGAGCGCUCUCAACGUUGGUAUCGAACUCGACAAGAUGGGUGUCCUCGACCGGCUCGGCGUUCGUGUGCUCGGCACUCCCAUUCGCACUUUGGAGGUCUCGGAGGAUCGGGACCUGUUCGUUCAGGCUCUCAAGGUCGACGGCUGUCUCGUCAGUCAACGACGCGCUCAGCGCUGCGGAGAAGAUGGGUACCCCGUAAUUCUCCGUUCGGCAUUCACUCUCGGUGGACUCGGCUCUGGUUUCGCAAACGACCCGGAUGAACUGCGGGAUCUCUCUGCGAAGAGCCUCAGUCUCAGCCCCCAGGUCCUGAUCGAGCGUAGUAUGAAGGGUUGGAAAGAACUCGAAUACGAGGUCGUGCGUGACGCUGCCGAUAACACGAUCAUCUGCUGCAAUAUGGAGAACUUCGACCCUCUUGGCACCCACACUGGCGACUCUAUUGUUGUAGCUCCGUCCCAGACUCUGCCCGAUGACGAGUACCACAUGCUCCGGUCUGCAGCGCUCAAGGUCAUUCGCCAUCUCGGUGUCGUCGGAGAAUGCAACAUCCAAUAUGCGCUCAACCCGACCUCUCGGGAAUACUGCGUCAUCGAAGUUAACGCUCGCCUGAGUCGGUCUAGGUGCCGCAUUGGCGUCCAAGGCAACUGGCUACCCGCUUGCAUACACGGCCGCCAAGAUCGCUCUCGGUCAUACCCUCCCGGAGCUUCCAACGCGGUGACGAAGACGACGACGGCCUGCUUCGAACCUUCUUUGGACUACAUCGUCACCAAGAUCCCCAAGUGGGACCUCGCCAAAUUUACCAAUGUAAACCGCGAGGUUGGCUCUGCAAUGAAGUCCGUCGGAGAGGUUAUGGCCAUCGGUCGUACUUUCGAAGAAUCCCUGCAGAAGGCCAUUCGCCAGGUUGACCCGCGUUGGAAAGGUUUCGAGGCAUACGUCCAACCGGAGGACCUCGAUCAGGCACUCAGCAAGCCCACGGACAUGCGUCUCUUUGCCAUUGCUUACGCGAUCUUCAACAAGCAGUACACGAUUGAUCAGCUUCAUGAUCUUACCAAGAUCGACAAGUGGUUCCUUUACAAGAUCGAGAAUAUCGUCAACACGGUUUACGCUCUCAAGGCUGCUGGUUCGGUCGAGAGUGUUGAUCACGAACUGAUGCAACGCGCUAAGCGCAUGGGCUUCUCCGACACCCAUAUCGCCGACCUCGUUUCAUCUUCGGAACUCGUCGUCCGCGCUCACCGCAAGUCUCUUGGUAUCACGCCCUUCGUCAAACGGAUCGACACCCUCGCCGCUGAGUUCCCUGCUCACACCAACUACCUCUACACGACGUACAAUGCUUCCGAGCAUGACGUCAAGUUCGACGAGCACGGCACCAUGGUCCUCGGCAGCGGUGUCUACCGCAUUGGUAGCAGCGUCGAGUUCGACUGGUGCGCUGUCACCUGUGCUCGCAAGCUGCGCGAGAUGGGCAAACGGACGAUCAUGAUCAACUACAACCCGGAAACCGUCUCAACCGACUUCGAUGAGGCCGAUCGUCUGUACUUCGAGGAGCUCGGCUUUGAACGUGUCAUGGAUAUCUAUGAGCUGGAACAGGCUCAUGGUGUCAUCGUCAGCGUUGGAGGUCAACUGCCGCAGAACAUCGCGCUUCGCUUGAAGGAGAAUGACGUGAAUGUGCUUGGUACAGACCCCACCAAGAUCGACAGCGCCGAGGACCGCCACAAGUUCUCGUCCAUCCUUGACAGCAUUGGUGUCGACCAACCUGAGUGGGCGGAGGUGUCUUCCGUUGAUGCCGCGAAGCAGUUUGCGCAGCGCGUUGGAUACCCCGUACUCAUCCGGCCUUCAUAUGUUCUCUCCGGCGCUGCGAUGAACGUCGUCUACGAAGAGUCCGCACUCGAGUACAACCUCUCUGCCGCCGCCUCGGUCUCUCCUCUCCAUCCGGUGGUCAUCACGAAGUUCAUCGACAACGCGCAGGAGAUCGACGUCGACGCCGUCGCGCACAAGGGCCAACUCCUUCUCCACGCCGUCUCCGAGCACGUCGAGAACGCCGGCGUGCACUCCGGCGACGCGACGCUCGUCCUCCCGCCGUUCUCGCUCACCGACGACGAGAUGGUACGCCUGAAGGAGAUCGCGCAGAAGGUCGCCGCCGCGUUCGAGAUCUCGGGCCCGUACAACAUGCAGGUCAUCCGCAAGCCCUCCGAGCAGCCAGACCAGCCCGCGGAGUUCAAGGUCAUCGAGUGCAACCUGCGCGCGUCCCGUUCGUUCCCCUUCGUGUCCAAGGUGCUUGGCCGCAACUUCAUCGACACCGCGACCGCGGCGAUUGUGGACCAGGACGUUCCGGAGCCGGUCGAUAUCAUGGCACAGAAGCGUGACUACGUCGCGGUGAAGGUCUCGCAGUUCUCGUGGACCCGUCUCGCCGGCGCGGACCCCUUCCUUGGUGUCGAGAUGUCCAGUACCGGCGAAGUCGCAAGCUUCGGCAGGGACAUCCAGGAGGCAUAUUGGGCGUCUCUUCUCAGUACCACCGGUUUCAAGAAGCCCCGUCAGGGCAGCGGUGUGCUUAUCGGCGGCGACGUCGACAAGCCGGAGAUGAGAACUAUCGCAAAGACGCUUACGGAUCUCGGCUUCAAACUCUACUGCUCUUCUCCGGUCGUGGAGGAGUUCCUGAACGGCAUCCCGUAUGUUUCUGCAAAGCGUAUCUUCUUCCCGAAGACAGACAAGCGCAAGCUCCGCGAGGUCUUUGACGAGUACGACAUCGAGUGUGUGAUCAACCUUGCGAAGGCCCGCGGUAAGGACAUGACCGACGAGGAUUACGUCGCCCGCCGAAAUGCGGUCGACUUUGGUCUCCCUCUGCUCAACAAUGCGCGCUGUGCGCAGCUAUUUGUGGAAAGCCUGGCCAAGAAAAUUCCCGAAGGCGGCCUCCGACCGUACACGGAGGAUAGGAUACCUUCCGAGGUGAAAUCAUGGAGCCAGUGGAUCGGCUUCAAGCCAUAG